UCCAGCCCCUUCUUGUACCAAAAAGGGACCCACUUGUCUGUGGUAGCGCUCAGUCUUUGCCAAGAUACUGAGUGGCUCGCUACUCGGCUUCACCGUGAACCAGUGGACGGGCGGCCGCUCUACGUUGACUCUCGUUUAUACAUCACCAAAUAUUGACCGAUUGAACACACAAACACGCGAAGAAUCAACACGAAACAGAAGUCACAUUUGUGUCUCUAGACUUUUGUCUAUUUACCUGUUGACUGAUACAAGCUGGUCGCUACCAGCUUUGUACUGUAUAGCUUGGCUGUUUGUGCGAGUGAAAUUGCAGGGGACCAUCGGUCCGUUUCUUUCGUGUUUUGUUUGAACGAAAAACAUCAUUGACAUUGUUGUCUUUUUUCGUCGUGUUGUAGUGUAUCUUGUUGCGCGCUGGAUGUCAGACGAUCAGCGAUAUCCGCCGCAAAAUUCAAGAGCUAGGGCCAUCCCGUGUUGAAGAUGGCAGCAACAGCAGCUGCGACCAUCUGCAGCUCGUUGACUUGAAGCAGCCCAGUGUAAAAAAAGAAAGAGAAAAAAAAAAAGCUCUGCGUACAUAAACAAACUUCUCAAAGACAGUGAGAGAGAUCUCAACGGAGAAGCACAAAAAAAAAACCGUUGCCUUGCUCUCUUUUUUUUCCGUUGUUGUUGGAGCGGGAGCUGUUGUUUUUCUUCGCCAGGGCCAAGUGUCUUCCAGCCUCUCUGCGAGCUCAGCGCUCUCAUCAUGAGGUGGGUGACGGCGCCCUACCGGACCAUAAUCGGGACGGUGCUCUUACUAACGAUAGUGGUAGCCGUUGUGACGGCUUCGCAAGAAUCUCGUUCGAAUCGACGUAACGGAGCCAAAGGCAAGAGACGGAACCGAUCGACCACGACGACCUCUUCGCCAUUUGAAUUCCAAAAUGAGACGGCCAGUUCUUUCUUCGACGGCGACGACGAAGAAGAUGUCGAAGCGGCGGCUCAACACCAACAAGAUCAACCACCCGGCGGAGUGGAAACAUGUGAAGUGGCCCGGCUCAAGUGCGCUUAUCGCGUCGGAUGCGGCAUGGCUCUCCAGAAUUACAUGGUGGGAUGUUCGGACGUGAUUACGGGGUCUUCGCAACGCUGCUCCGACCACUGCCGAAACUCGCUGAUAGCCCUGACCAGCACCGAGGAAGGAGAAGCUCUCAUGAAGUGCAAAUGCGGAGAUACGUUUUGCAAAGAUGCCAAACGACGCAUCGACAUCUGCCGUAGCGCCGUAUUACGCGCUACGCACAACAGCACCACCGUAUCAUGCAGUGUGGCCCAGUGGAUUUGCAUGGCCGAUCCUCUCUGUUCCACGGCGCUCGAGUACUACAACCGAUUCUGCCGUUCCAUGUUCGCUGGGAAAAAGUGCACGCUCCGUUGUAAGAACUCCAUAUCAAUCCUGCGACGACAGGAAAAGGCGGCCAAAUUGAGUACUUGCGUGUGCGAUGGAUCUGAGGACUACGACUGCCCGUCCAUCCUGGACAACAUGGAUCGCUUAUGUUUUCACAAAAUGCGUCCGUCGACGACGUCGGUGACGGUCGCCACCGUACCACAUCACCAAGAAACAACGGCGGAGGGGGGCGGGCUAGGGGUGGAGGAGCGCAACGACACCAGCAGCAGCAUCACCAGCGGCAGCGGCGACCGCGACCGGACAGGGCACGGCGGCCACCACCCCGGCCAUCAGCCCCACUCCCCGAAAACACGACCACAUCACCCUCACCAUCCGGUACACGGCACGGAAGGCAUCGAAACCAACGAGGUCGAACUCAUACCUCACCCGCCACCGACCCGUCUGCCUAGUCGAGCCGCUUCCUCGCCCUCCGGUUCAUUUUCAUCGCUCGCCUUAACGGCCGUCUUCUCGCUGACAGCCCGCCUCUUGCUUUAAGCUUUCAUAUCAUCGAGCCCAGUUGUUUUCUUCUUCUUUUCUUUUUUUUUUUUUACAUUUUGAAUUUGAGUGUUUCUUUAUCGGCCGCUGCUAUUGUUGAAACCGCCAGCUUCGUCUGACCCAGCAUCGCCGUAAUGGAAAACAAAAGACAGUGACUCAUCGAUCGGUGACCCCCGCCUUCAGCUGGAAAAAAAAAAUAUGAAGUUGACUGACGCAAGCCUGGCCGGAAUCAUUCAAUGGAUCGACUUCAACGACGACGAUGAAACAGCGCACAACAUGGAAGGGAAAUAACAAAUAGAUGGCCUGUUGCGUGAUGUGUUUCUUAUAUAUAUAUAUACGUGUGUGUGCGUUUGUGUUAUCCAUGUCGAACAUAAGGACGUGAACAGUCUGGCCAGUUGUACACUAUCUAUCGAUCGCAAACCAGAUUGGUUUGUAGAAACAAACGUGUUCGAGAGACAGCGCAGAAAAUGUUUUCGAUUUCAAAGGUUUUGGCCACCAUUUUGUUUUUUAACGAUUGAUCCUGACUCCAACUGUGAUAUAUAGCCCGUCUGUUAGCGAACAAAAUACCGUGACCGACAUACUACUUAACGACAAAAUACGACAUAUGUGUUGCCCAGUGUAGCCAGAGAAACACGGUCAGCUAUGAAUUCUAUACGACGAUCAUUUGCCCACUCUUGCGCGGACCUCGUUUAUGACUGCAAAUGAAUUAUGCUACGCUUGAUGCUAUUACAUAAUGAAUUUUAUUGUUUCAUUUGAACCUUUUUUUUUUUUUUUUCGUACAGACUAUAAAUAAUUCAGGUUACUAUGUACAUAAUGAAACUGUAGUGCAUGACGCGUGUAAAAUCGUGACGAAACGAAAUUGACAGGCAAAUUUAUCGUGCCAAUAGCCAAUAUAAUUUACUGUAAUGACUCGCUGCUAUAUAAAAUGUUUUACAUCACGCCCAACCAACGUGAUGACUUUCAGAAGCUAUGCACAAUCUUCUAAGACUUUGGUGAAUCAAACAUUGACAUAUGCUGUAUUUCAAUCCUUCAGUGUUCACAGAGUACAAUCGUGUAGACCAUGUCCUAUUGCUACAAUGCUUUGAUUGUCUUAGCCUCUCUUCACUGAGUUCGAAAUCACGUUUUUUUUUAAGAUGGAAUACAUUUAUCUAU